ACUACCACCCGACCACUAACGCGUGGUUAUUUAUGAUAGGAUAAUCUAACACUAAAUUUAACUCAACAAAAGUCCAUACCGAACAAAGUAAAUUUGAAAUAUUUAUGGUCAAGGCUAGGUGACCAAACUGCCUCACGGAUCUCAUAAAAUAUUUUUGAGUUCGGAGAACUGUUACAAAAAAACAGAGAACUGUUACAAAAAAAAACAGAGAACAAUCAGGAGGAUAACUCCAAAUGCCCCGUACCCUCUUAAAACCAUUCCCACUACCCCCUCUCAAUUCAUACUACCCUUUUUUCUUUGCAUUCUCCAAUUUAGCCUUUACAUUUAAUUUUCCAAUUAAAUAAACCAACCAGCCAUAAAUAAAUCCCCAUAAAUUAGAUUUCCAACCACCUCACCCCACAGACAACCUUAACCAAUUAAAUCACUCAAUCCACUCUCUUUCUUCUUCCCCAAACGUUCGUUUGUUUUCUCAUCUUCCAUUGUUGAAAUUUAAAGCUCAAAAAGAAGGAAAAAUGCAAAAUCCACAUUGCACAAUCAUUUGUUUUGAUUAUGAAGGAUAUUAUAUGAAGGAUGAGGCUGAAAUAAAAUGGAUCUCGGGCGAUGAUGAAGGAGGAGAUGAAAUUCACACGAUUGUGUUGAAAAAAUCAUUGGAGGAGGUCACUUAUUCUGAUUUGGUUGAGCGUAUUUGCAGAAAGAUAAAGGUAGCUGAAUCUAAGGUGGAAGUGAAAAUUAGUUAUUUUCCAAUGGUAUUGUAUUCGUACAAGCCAUCAUACAUCUGGAAUGAAGAAGACGUUUUUGGUUAUCUACUGCAAAUAAAUCAUGGGAAGUGUAGAAGUGUUCUACAUGUGGAGUUCAGCAAUGAAGAUGUGCAACUUUCAAAAGAGGAUGAUGAAACUGAUGUCUACGUCGUCUAUCUGAUAGAGAGGCUACUGAUAUAGAGGCUGGUGAUGAAGAUGGUACUGAGAAUGAUGCAACUGAUUACGAAGGUACUGGUGGUGUUCUCACUUUUCACGAAGACAUUGAGAUGCAUGAUGGUGUCUACCAGCCACGGGAUGAUGGUAUGAAUUUGGUUUUAGGUCAGGAAUUUAGAACCAAGGAGGCAGCAAAAGUUCAUAUUCAGACGGCUUCACGUCAGAAUUGUUUUGAGUUUGAUAUAAUUAAGUCGGAUACUAAGAGAUUUGUGCUUAAAUGCCGAGGAGCCAAAGAAGGCUGCCAGUGGUUUGUGCGAGUUGCAAAGUUAAAGAAUUCAGAUCUUUGGAUGGUUAGAAGUUACAUCAAGCAGCAUACAUGUUCUGUUGUUACUGAUAUAGAGGCUGGUGAUGAAGAUGGUACAGAGAAUGAUGCAACUGGUAAUGAAGGUACUGGUGGUGUGCUCACUGUUCCUGGAGACAUUGAGAUGCAUGAGAAUGUCACGGAAAGAGAUGAGCAUGUGUUUGAAGAUACAGAAGUAAUACCACGAGUUGUCUAUCAGCCACGAGAUGAUGGUACGAGUUUGGUUUUAGGUCAAGAAUUUAGAACCAAGGAGGCAGCAAAAGUCCAUAUUCAGACGGCUUCACAUCAGCAAUGUUUUGAGCUUGAUAUAAUUAAGUCGGAUACUAAGAGAUUUGUGCUUAAAUGUCGAGGAGCCAAAGACGGCUGCAAGUGGUUUGUGCGAGUUGCAAAGUUAGAGAAUACAGAUCUUUGGACGGUUAGAAGUUACAUCAAUCAGCAUACUUGUUCUGUUGUUACUACAAGAACACUGCCUGAUAGAAGGAAGGGCACAACACAAAUCGUUGCAUCUGUUUUGGCUCAAGAUUAUCCUGGUACAUUUGACACACCAGUUCCCAAAGUUCUGAUCGAUUUGGUUCAUCGAAGGGUUGGUGUGCAUGUAUCAUACACCUCAGCAUGGAGAGGAAAAAGAGAAGCUGCUAAUGAAGUGCGAGGAAGUCCAGAAGAGAGUUUUACUUUAUUAUAUUGUUAUAUGCACAUGCUGGAGCAGACGAAUAUUGGCACAAGAACUCGUGUGGUAGUGGAUGAGGCCCAAAAAUUUAAGUAUCUGUUUUUUGCGUUGGGAGCUAGCAUAGAAGGGUUCAGUGCGAUGAGGAAAGUCCUCAUUGUGGAUGGAACACAUCUCAAGAAUGUUUAUGGUGGAGUUCUCCUUGUUGCCACUGCUCAGGAUCCUGAUCAUCACCACUACCCAAUUGUGUUUGGUGUAGCAGAUGGUGAGAAUGAUGAAAGCUGGAUAUGGUUUAUGGAACAGUUGAAAUCAGUGAUAUCCGAUGUCACGGGAUUGGUAUUUCUUUCAGAUAGAAACAAAAGCUUGAUCAAGUCAGUACGUCUAGUGUUCCCUGAGGCCGGACAUGGGUAUUGUAUAUGACAUUUGUCUCAGAAUGUUAAAAGCCACGUCCAUAAAAACAAAGAUACUUGUGCGUUCAAGUUUAGAGAAUGCGCACACGCUUAUACGGAGGCUGAGUUCAAGUACAUUUAUCAUGCUUUUCGUAGGAAGUAUCCUAGUGCAGCAGUGUAUCUUGACAAAAGUGUUGAAGAGAAGAAAUGGGCUAGAUGUUACUUCAGAGGAGAUAGGUACAAUGUUGACACCACCAAUUCAGUAGAAUCUUUUAAUGGUGUUAUUAAGGAAGCGAGAAAGUACACUUUACUACCAAUGUUUGAUGUUAUUAUUGCAAAAAAUGUCUGAAUGAUUUAACACCCAUAGGAAGGAGGCAGCCGAGAUACCAUACACACUGAAGCUUGUGCCUAUUUUGGAAACCGAAAUGUCUAAAAGAUGUGUUGCAGCGGGGUUUCUUACGGUUGACGAGUUAAACAACUUCCAUCUUGAGUACAGUGUGCAUGGUACUGACGGCAAGGUUUAUACUGUUGAUAUGGCUAGGAAUACUUGCUUCUGUGAGCAAUUUGAUAAAGACAAAUACCCUUGUGUGCAUGGAGUUGCUGCUGCCACAUUCAUGACUGAGGCAGUGGGAAGGGAACUCCAUCUAUCUGAGUAUUGUUCAAAAUACUAUUUGGUGGAGCAAUGGGCUUUGGCUUAUCACAGGACCAUAUAUCUUGUUCCUCAUAUGUCUGAUUGGGUUAUACCAGAAGAUGUUAGAGCAAAGAAAAUAUUUCCUCCAGAUUUUGAAACGAAGAAAGGAAAACCACAACAAACAAGAUUUCCAUCAGUUGGAGAAUCUCGUGGAAGAGGAAAAAGAGGCAGAUGGGGAGCUAGAGGCAGAGGGGAAGCUAGGGGCAGAGGCAGAGCCAGAGGAGGAGGUAUAGCAUCGUAUUUCGAAUGUGGAAGUGGUUCAGGUUCGGGAACUACUUAGAACUACUCAUAACUUCUAUGUGUAGUAUUGACUACUAGUAUUAGUCGGAACUACUAUGUAUAAUAUGGACUACUCAGAACUACUUAGAACUUCUAUUUGUAAUAUGGACUACUUAGAACUACUUAAAACUACUAUUUGUAUUAUGCAUGUUUCUUAAAAACUUAUAUUUUCGUCUUAUUAUUUGUUUUUAUCAGAUGUAAUUUUUAUUGGUUGUAUUUAUAUGUCUAAAUAUGUGUUUAUUUAUCAAAUUAGACAUUAAAAACUAUAAAUUUCAUAAGUCCAU